GCAUCGGUGCAGUCACUCUCUUCCGUUUUGCUCCGAUUUAUGUCAGACAUAAAUCUCGCUAUCGGGAUCGCCAACCAAAAAAUCGAUUUGUUUUACUUUGUUUUUGGUGUACAGUGGGCUUGUGUGCGGUGAAUGAUGAUCUGAUGAAGUCGAGAUAAAAAAGAAUGAAACAGCAAGUAGCUUAAUUUAUUCAACGCAGCUAUGCUCUUGUCUAAAUUAGGAUCUUGUUGACAAAUGUCACUUCUGCUAAUAAGGAAGAGAUUAGAAGAUUAGCAACGUCAUUAAGGGCAUACAAAGGGGCAUUUUCCUGUGUGUAGAAACUCAUUAAGGAGGGCAAAAUGUAAUCAAGUCGAAAAAUUGUGGCCGCUGUGUAAUAAAAGAACUGUAAUUGUGAAGAUGCCCUCGGGGAGCAUCAACGUGCGUAAAGAAGAAGAUUGUGAUGAUGAUAUUGCAGAGUGCAUGUGCAGUUCAGUGCCCUUACAAUGUAACUGGAGGACUUUUAGCCAUGACGAGUCAAGUGCAUAAGACUAAACCGGGAAGUGGUCUCAGCUUGAGCUUUCUAGAUCUGGCAGCCAUCAGGAGGCUACUGGAUACCGAGAACACUGCAGGGACCUGCCCCAGUUGCGAUAUGCCGUUUGAUAAGGGCAAGAAACGAAGACUUAUCGAUAACUGCGGACAUGAGAGAUGUUAUUCUUGCAUGUUUACUAACGAGGCUUGUCCUUUGUGCACUUUGGAUGGACCACUCAUACAUGACACACCUCAAUCAUCGAUGGGUUGUAUGGGAUUGAGGGGCUCCGAGAUCACCCUGUAUGGAGAGUCUCCGGUCGAAAAAGACAGAAUCCAACCCAGGACCAAAGUCAAGACCAAUGGCCACUUUACGACCUUCAUGCAGGGGCGCCAGGAAUUAUCAACGUCCGAGCUAGGUCACCCGGAGAAACUUCCCAAAACCCGGCCCUCCAACCCCCGGACUCGCGUAGACCAAGGCGUAAUGACCCAAAGUUGUCCAACUCCGCCCCAAACUCGUCGAAAAUUUUUCCUGAGUCCCAAAGGAUUGAGGAGUCCCUUUGGGCUACGAAACGCAAGACAGCAGCCUCCCGUAGACUCCGCGUCUUCUGCUAUGACCUCGUCGACGUCUUCCGAGGGCCGCCAUUGGCCCAGUAUGGUCUUGAGCAAAAUCCGGUCUUUGUGGUCGGCAGGAACGUCCGGUCCCAGUGCCGGACUUAACCAACUAGUGUCAGAUGAUGAAGGUGGAACUGUUAAACCAAUCUCAAAUAAGAAGAAUUCUGAUAAUGAUAUGUACAUGAGACUCGGCUUGCUGUUGGGAGAAGGUGCGAGAAGAACCAAGAGGAUACAAGGGAGGAAUCACGAGUCGUGUUCGUCUCUUGCCAGCUACGACGCCGCUGCUAUCCUUUCGACCAACACGAGUCCGGUUUCGACCCUCACAGGGAGCUCCGAGGAUCAACAUAGGAUUAAUCCCAGUUCUGACAGUGUCGGCUCACUCAUGUCCAUGUCGAUGUCAGGCCAAAGUAACUGUAGCUCGAGUCCCGUCAGUCGGCGACACAGCGUCACAACAUCUCAACCUGGUCAAGUCGAAGAUCUCAACAUGUUCCGCAAUCGCCGGACUUGCAUCCGCCGCUCGGCUCGGACCGGAACCAUCAAAGGCCCUGUUGACCCCAAAAUCCGGUUCGCCCAAUAUCGGACACCUCAACUAACCCUCAAACCCCUCUUUUUUGAAGUACCACUCCAAGAACCCGAUCCUUUGUUUCUCGGCCGGCAUUGGUUAAUCAAAGAAAUCGAGGACAUUGUUGGCUCUUCGAGUCCCGGAGUUCUCCUUACCGGUAACCCUGGAACCGGUAAAACCGCCCUUAUCUUGCAAUUGGUGGAACACAGCUGUUUCGGACGCCGGAAAGAACCUAUCUACCAAUCAGUUCACUCCCCGGAGCGGUCCCGAAGUCCUCAAAACAUCUACUACCAAAUGGAUUUAAUCUCCGAACGACUUAAACCCUUAGCUAAUAGUGUGGUCGCGUACCAUUUUUGUCAAGCUGAUAACAAUAAUACUUGUCUAGUACCUGAUUUUAUCCACUCAGUGGCAGCACAGUUGUGUCAAGCACCGCAAUUGUCAGGGUAUAGGGAUUAUUUGCUAAGUGAGCCGCACCUCCAAGCCGCUCUUUCCCUUAAAGAGUGUAUUAUGAAUCCUGAUACGGCAUUGACUCGAGGAAUCCUCGAACCCUUGGCAAGUCUUCGCCGAGUUGGCAAACUCGAAAAUUUGAACUGUGUGAUUCUGGUCGACGCUUUGUGUGAAGCUGAGUACCAUAGACCGGACCAUGGGGAUACUAUAACUUCAUUUUUGGCCAGACAUUCGCCCAAUUUCCCGUCAUGGUUAAAAAUAGUGGCCACAGUUCGGACCCAGCUCCAGGAUGUGACCAAACAAUUGCCCUACACGAGGAUCAGUCUAGACAACUCCAAUUCUAACGAGAAUAUCACUAAGGAUAUCCUUAGUUAUAUCAACUUCCGGCUCCAAAAUAGCCCGAGUAUUCAGAGCAACAUCACUUCCAGCACUUCCGGGAAAUUGGAAAGUGGCAGUGUGUCUCAGCAUAAAUUUUCCCAACAUUUACUCAACUUAAGCCACGGCUCGUUUCUCUUUGUCAAACUAACUUUAGAUUUGAUCGAACGUGGACAUCUAGUGGCGAAAUCCAGUGGUUAUAAAGUGUUACCAGUGACUUUGGCCCAAAUCUAUCUUCUCCACUUCAACUUGCGGUUCCCCACCGUCCGCUCCUUCGAGAAAGUUACUCACAUAUUGAGUGUGUGUCUCUCCGCGCUCUAUCCUCUAACUCUUCUCGAGAUUUACUAUUCCGUCAAUUCACUCCUUGUAGAUAAAUUCUUACCUUGGACUGAGUUCUUUCAGCGCUUCAAACUUCUCUCUGGCUUUCUAGUAAAACGCUUAGACAACACUUAUAUGUUUUUCCACCCUAGCUUCAGGGAAUGGCUCAUCAGACGCGACGAUAACGAAAAUACAAAAUUCCUGUGCGACUUGCGAGCCGGUCAUUCGGGCAUCGCGUUUCGUUUAUCACGCGUUCAAGCUCCUCUCGAUGAAGAAAAAACCUUAGAAUUGGGCCAUCACAUACUUAAAGCACACGUCUAUCGCAACAUGUCACUUAGUACGAUAACAGCGCGCGAUUUGCAAGCUUUCUGGGUGUGUGAAAGCUCUGAGAAUGUCUCAUCAGCUGUAUGCAACUUGCGAAACAUGUACAGUCCUAAUGUCAAAGUUUCCCGUCUUUUGCUCCUCGCCGGGGCUUCCCCCAAUCAUAUCACUGAUUUUUUGGGCAACGCUCCUGUCCUUUGUGUUUACGCCAAUGAGGGAAUUGUACCAAUGGUUUCCCUGUUGCUUGAAUUUGGAGCCGACGUAGAACUAACCAACAGUCAAGGCUCCACAGCUCUAUCUCUAGCCGCAGCUAAGGGUCAUUGUGAUAUUGUGCGUCAUCUGGUGGCAGCUGGAGCAAGUCCAGGUCACGUGGACACCGCCGGUUAUUGUCCAUUGGUCCACGCGGCGCGUAACGGUUGUUUGAACGUCGUCGGUUAUUUACUCGCCUGUGAUUGGAUAAUCAAAAAUCCGGAAGAUGUCGAAUUGGGAGAAGCAGCACAACAAGCUCUAGUGGCGGCUGCAAGUCAAGGUCAUGUUGAUAUUGUCGAGUAUUUGUUAGAUAUGGCCGAGGUCAAUGUUGACGCCACUGAUAGUAUCACCGGGGAAACGGCCUUGACGGUGGCAGCAGCCAAUGGGUGUCAUGGCGUGUGUACAGCUUUGAUUGGCAGAGGAGCAAGUCUUUCUGUUUGUAAUAAAAAAGAGAUGGCACCACUGUUACUAGCCGUGAAGGAGGGACAUUGGGCUGUAGCUGAAAGACUGAUACAGAAUCAUGCCGCUAUUGAACAGAGUGAUAAUGUAGGACGCUCACCCUUGAUGUUGGCAGCGUCGGAAGGCCACGUGGGACUAAUUGAGUUAUUACUCAAUAAAGGGGCCGAAAUCAACAAGGAAGACCGUGAGGGCCUCACACCCCUCUGUUGGGCCUGCCUUCGAGGCAAACUUAAAGCUGUCCAAUGUCUUAUCGAAAGAGGUGCCAACAUAAACCACACCGACAAGACUGGACGAACUCCCCUUGAUUUGGCAGCAUUUCAAGGAAAUCCAGCCACAGUUCAACUUUUACUCGACAGUGGCGCUCUCAUCGAACAUGUCGAUAUUAACGGUAUGAGACCUCUAGACCGAGCCAUAGGUUGUAGGAAUAUCCAAGUAGUGCAAUGUUUUCUGAAAAAAGGGGCCAAAUUGGGGCCAGCCACGUGGGCCAUGGCUUCAGGCAAGCCAGAUAUAAUGCUUAUUCUCCUGAAUAAACUUCUUGAAGAUGGUAACACGUUAUAUCGCAAGGGUAGACUAAGGGAGGCGGCCCAUCGCUACCAAUACGCCCUUAAAAAGUUUCCGAAUAACGAUCAAGCCGAACAUAAUAAAGCGUUCAGGCAAUUGCAAAUGAAUUUUCUCUUGAAUUAUUCGAGAUGUAAACGAAAACUUAACGAGACAGAAGAAGCUAUGGAAUUAGCAAACGAAGUUCUAAUUAUGAAUCCCGACUCAUACGAAGCCUACUACUCACGAGCUAAGGCCAAACUUGACUUAAAAUUAUACGAAAAUGCUUUAGCUGACAUGCGCGAAGCUCUAAGACUCGCACCUGCGCAAAACGUCGAAGUCCGGAAAGUCCUAGCCCAUCUUCGUGACGAAAUCGCCAUCAAAAUGGCGUCACCUUCUGGUCGAAUGUCCAAUCAUCGGGAUCUAGCAAUGUCCGUCGAUACUUUACACGAAUAGAAAAUCACCAGUGCCUUUGCAUCAUUUGGAAGACUGAUUUUUGUCGAAAUUUUUGUGAAUAUGUUAGGUUUAUUUGCUUUGUAUAUAUGAUUUUUUAAAUUAAUUUAUUUUAACUGUUACGACUUUUGGGUUCAUCUUAUCAUUCCCAUGGAUAAAACUAUCCAAAUUGUUGGUUUUUAUUUUGUAUUUUUUUCCAGAAAUGUUAAGUUAUAGUGGUGGUAGACUGCUAUCAUAGUCAAUGCUUGUUUAAGUAAGACAAGUUCUUCGUUUUUUUUAUACUGCCUUCAAGUAAUUAAGCUACUUAAAUAUUGGUAAUACUGCACGAAAUUUGUAAAGUUCCUUAUGUAAUUCUUGUGUUUUAGGAAAAGUAUUUAUUUGUAUUAAAUACGUGUUUGAAUUAUUACGAAAUGUGGUUUCUUGCCAAGCAUGUUAUCUAUUUAUGCAGUAUUUUAUUAUUUAUUACUUUGUAUUAAAACAGUUUAACUGUUUUCGUGUGGACAAAACUACAAAGAAAUUAAAAAAAAACACUAAAGGUGCUAAUUAUAUAAGAGAAUCGUAUUUUGUGUCUUGAAGAACAAAAAUAUUGCAAUAAAGAAAUAACUUUUA